AUGCUGGCUGAAAAAGCUACGGAAAGAGUGCUAGCUAAAGAUAGCAGUUUUGGUGAAAAAGCAGUUGCCUUCACCAUAGCUAAUAUUAUGAAAGUUAAAGAUGAUUCAGACGGAGAAAAUAGUACUUUCAUUGAUGAUUUCGUGAACAAAGAAGAGGUCGAAGGAGCAAUGGCUGGUAAGGGCUAUAUCGGUUCGAUUGUGGAGUAUGAUUUGUCGGAAGAUUGGGAGUUAUGGCAAGAGAGAUUGGAACAGUUUUUCACGGCUAAUGAUGUUGAAGAGGAAAAGAAGGUGCCGUUAUUGAUUACGUUUUUAGGUAACAAAGGUUAUGCUUUAUUAAGAGAGUUAUGUACGCCUGAGGGCGAAGACAUUAAAUCAUUUGUUGCUAAUUUGAAAAAGCUUUCUAUGAAUUGUAAUUUUGGUAUGGAAUUGAAGACUCAUUUGCGAGACCAGUUCGUUUUUGGCGUUUCUUGCAAAUCGACUAAAAAGCAUCUACUCAAAGAGAAGUCCUUGACGUUUGAUUCAGCAGUUUUGUUCGCUCAAUCUACAAAAACGGUGACACGUGAUGCUGAAGGGAUGGGAGAAUCAACGGAGAUGGCAUAUUCAACGGCGGUUAACUAUGUAUCAGAUAAGAAGAACAAGAAUUUGAAUCAAAAUGAUAAGACGAGUGAUCAACAGGGUAAUAGUAACAUUAAUUGCUAUUGUUGCGGGAAACCUAACCAUAAGAAACCUAAUUGUAGGUAUCGCAAUUAUCAAUGCAAUGUAUGUCACGAAGUAGGUCAUUUAACUAUUGUGUGUAAAGUGGCGAAGUCUCAGUCAAGUUCUUAUAGUAGGGAUGCGAAUAAUUUCAAAACAAACAGUCAAAAUAAUAGUAAUAGCGAGCGAGUAAAUUUUCAAGGUUAUAAUUUUAAUAAUAAUAAUAAUCGCAGUGGGAUUAGAACAACUAAUUUCAAUAGAGAUAAUUCUAAACAAAACUGUAUUGAUGAAGUAGAUAAUUUUGAACAAGAAUUUAAUAAUCUUUAUCACUUAUCUGAAGAUGAAAAUAAGACAAAAAUUAAACCUCUAAAGAUCAAGGUAACUGUUGAAAAUGUUAAAAUCAUGUUUGAAAUUGAUACCGGGUCACCUAUUACGGCAAUGUCGAGUACUUAUUUUUUUGGUAGACAGGAAUUGAAGUGUUUAAGAAUGUAUGAAUCGAAUCGAAUUUUCAAAAGUUACUCUGGCGAUACUAUUGUUCCGAUUGGUUUAGUUAAAGUUGACGUGUUAUUUGCGAAUCUAAAUUGUAAAUUAUUAUUGUACGUUUUACUUGGUAAUAGGAAACCGAUUUUAGGUAGAGAUUGGUUAGAUGCGUUAGGUAUUAUUAAAAAUUUCGAAUGCAAAUUGAAUGAAAUUAAAGUAACCAAUGAAUGUGGGAGUAGAUAUUUAGCAAUUGUUAAAGAGUUUAAAAAUGUUUUCACUGAUAAAUUAGGCACAUAUAAUAGAAGAACGUUCAAAUUAGAAUUGAAACCAAACGUUACACCGAAGUUUUGUAAACCGAGACCAGUAGCGUAUGCGUUGCGAGAGAAAGUUGAAGCGGAAAUAGAUAGGUUAAUUAAGUUGGAUGUUGCGGAAAAAGUUGAGUCGAGUGAAUGGGCGACACCAAUGGUACCGAUUAUGAAAUCUAAUGGUCAAGUAAGAAUUUGUGGGAACUAUAAAAUUACUUUAAAUAAACAUUUAAUUGUAAAUAGACAUCCUAUUCCAAGAACACAAGAUUUAUUAGCAAUGCUUAAAGGAGGAGAAAUUGAAGAAUUAUUAUUGAAGGAUAUUCCUGGAGUGUUGAAAUUUUUUGAUGAUAUUUUGAUUACUGGAAAAGAUGUUCAUGAACAUCACACGCGAUUAAAAGAAGUUUUAUUACAUUUUAAUAAUGUUGGCUAUACGAUUGAUGCGGAAGGCAUUCACGUUUCAGAAAAGAAAAUUGUAGCAAUCAAAAAAGUAGAGAUACCAAAGAACGUCAAAGAAUUACAAGUUUUCUUAGGUUACUGCGAUAAGAUUUUCGUUGGAAAUGAACUCAGGAUUGUCAUGAAGCCUUUGAGAAAGCUAAGGUUACCUAUCAAAAUCACCGUUGAUGCAGGCCCUGAGGGUAUUGAAGCGGAAGCGUCGUAUAUUUUUCCUGAUGGUAACUGUAGACCAUUUGCAUUUGCAUCAAGAUCACAUACACCAGCAGAACAGACAGAUUAUAAGCCACUUAUUUAUAUUUUUGGAGAUAAAAAAGGUUUACCAGUAAUGGCUUCAAAUAAAGUACAACGAUGGAGUGUUAUUUUAGCUGCAUAUGAUUAUGAACUAAGCAAAGAAAGGGAGUUGACAUUGGAAAAUGGUUGUGUUAUGUGGGGUUAUCGUGUGUGUGUUCCUUUGAGUAUCAGAGAAGAAAUGUUAAAUGAGCUUCAUAGUUCGCACAUGGGUGUUGUACGCAUGAAGAUGUUGGCUCGCAAAUACGUUUGGUGGCCGUCGAUGGACCGUCAGAUUGAAAAUAAAUGUAAACAAUAUUUUUGUGGACCAAUUGAUGGGAAAAUGCAUAAUGUAAUUUUACAUAGUCAUUUAAAGUGGUUUGAUAUAAGAGAAUUGAAUAAUAUUAUAGCGGAAACUACUAUUGAUGUUUUCAGAGAUUAUUUUGUAACUUGGGGAAUUCCAAAAAAGCUAGUUACAGACCAUGGUCCUACGUUUAUAUCGAAGUUAUUUGAAGAUUUUAUGUUAGCCAAUGGAGUUACACACAUAAAAUGUGUACCUUACCAUCCUGCCAGUAACGGAGCUGCUGAAAAUGCAGUGAAAACUUGCAAAGCUAAAAUUAAAAUUCUGAAUAGACAAUGUUCAACAAGAAAGGAAGCUCUUGCAAAAUAUUUAUUUCAUUACCGCUCGUCUCCUCAUUGCACAACAGGUGUAAGUCCAGCUGAAUUACAAAUGGGAAGAAAAUUUCGUACAAGAUGGGAUUUAUUGAAAGAAAAUGUUGGCAAUCGUGUUGCACUUAAACAAGCAGAUCGCCAAAAAUUUUUUAGAGGUAAUAGAAAGGUGAGUUUUGACGAAGGAAAAGUAGUAAUGGCUAGAGAUUAUGCAAAUGGUAAUUGGCGAAAAGCUGAAGUUAGUAAACAGAUAAGUCCUAUUACAUACAAUGUCACAACAAAUGAUCAGCAAGAAUGGAAGCGUCAUAAUGAUGUGAUUGAUAAAGAUAAAGUAAAUGUGUUUGAGAAUGAUUUUAAAAAAUACGUUCAAUCAAAUGUUAUUAAAAAUACAGAUAGUCCAAAAGUAGAUUCUAUUGUUCAAAAUGAAAAUGUUUAUGAUUCUAAGGUGGAGGAAUGUAAUGUAUGA